AUGGAUUAUUCUCGUUAUGAUGAUCAGCGUCAUUAUGGCGAAAAGGAAGACUCUGGCCUAUUUGAAGUCGUCCAAUGUCCUACAGAUGCUGCUGCAUUAACCAACUUUGCUUACAUUGCUCCUGGUGUGAUUGACCCCAAAGUGCACUACGUUGUGAUUGCUCACCAAUUCGUUUUGUCUGUACGUGUCGAUAGAAGCAUUCAGAGAGGCCAGAUUGGUAUCAACGGCACUUCUCGUCGUUGGGCUUCCUUCUCCCUUGGACAACGUGUUACGGUUGACCCUUACGACAUUCACUCUGAAGGAAUGGACAUUUAUCUAGGCAACUUGAAGAUGGACAUCGAUUUUUUUCAACGCAGCAACAGACUGCCUGAUGAGUUCAAAGAAGAAGAUCUUGCACAAGCCUUCUCCAUCAACUUUCACAACCAAAUGUUCACCAAGGGCCAAUUUCUGGUAUUCGAGUACUGCGGCGUCAAGUUUAGAGCCACUGUCAAUGACUUGGAUGUCGUGGACCUGAACGUGCUGAAAAAGGGCGAAGUGGAUGCACAUCAAGAAAAGAAAUCAGACGCUGUGCGUGGUAUAUUAAUGCGUGAAACCAAUGUAGAAUUUACAAAGAUAGAAGGCUCGUUUUUAAACUUGAAGCAAGCCAAGAAGAGAGCCAUGGCUGCUAAAGCUUUGAUCAAGCCUGACUUCCAGUUUGAAGACCUCGGUAUCGGUGGCCUGGAUGACGAGUUCAAUGCUAUCUUCCGUCGUGCCUUUGCCUCUCGUAUCUUUCCACCUGCUUUGGUCGAGAAACUAGGUGUGCAACAUGUCAAGGGUAUCUUGCUCUACGGUCCUCCCGGUACGGGUAAGACGUUGAUGGCUCGUCAAAUUGGCAAAAUGCUGAAUGCCAAGGAACCCAAAAUUGUCAGUGGUCCUGAAGUGUUAUCCAAGUUUGUGGGUCAGUCGGAAGAGAAUGUGCGCAAGCUGUUUGCUGAUGCUGAGGAAGAGUACCGUGCCAAGGGUGAAGAGUCUGGCCUUCAUAUCAUCAUCUUUGAUGAGCUGGAUGCCAUCUGUAAGUCGCGUGGUAGUCGCAGUGGAGACACGGGUGUGGGUGAUUCUGUGGUCAAUCAAUUGCUGGCUAAAAUGGACGGUGUGGAGCAACUCAACAACAUCUUGAUCAUUGGUAUGACCAACAGAAAGGACAUGAUUGAUGAGGCCUUGCUGCGUCCCGGUCGUUUGGAAGUGCACAUGGAAAUUGGCUUGCCUGAUGAGAAGGGCCGCCUGCAGAUCCUCAAGAUCCAUACCGGCAAGAUGAGAACCAACGAUGUCCUGGAGAGCGAUGUCAAUUUGGAUGAUUUGGCCGAACUGACCAAGAACUACAGUGGUGCUGAGAUCUCUGGUGUUGUUAAGGCGGCUUCCUCUUAUGCGUUCAGUAGACAUAUCAAAGUGGGUACUAUGGCCGGCAUCUCUGCUGAUGUGGAGAACAUGAAGGUGAGUAUGGACGAUUUCUUGAAUGCGCUCAAGGAAGUGCAACCUGCGUUUGGUGUAUCUGAAGCCGAGUUGCAACAAUGCGUGCAAAAUCACAUCAUUCCCUUUAGUCCCUCUGUCAAGCAGAUCCUGACAGAUGGCCGUCUCUACGUGGAUCAAGUGCGUCAGUCUUCUCGCACGCCCUUGGUCAGUGUGCUCUUGAACGGCCCUGCUGGUAGCGGUAAGACAGCACUUGCUGCUACUAUUGCCAUGCAAAGUGAUUUCCCCUUUAUCAAGCUGAUUUCCCCUGAAACCAUGGUUGGCAUGUCUGAAACAGCCAAGGUGACUGAGAUCAACAAGAUCUUUAACGACUCUUACAAAUCCCCUAUCAGUGUGAUAGUCAUUGAUGCCAUUGAGCGUCUGUUGGACUAUGUGCCUAUUGGCCCUCGUUUCUCCAAUUCCGUUUUGCAAGCACUCUUGGUGUUGCUGAAGAAGAAGCCACCUAAGGAUCGUCGUUUGUUGAUUUUGGCUACUACCACGCAACGUCAAAUCUUGGAUCAAAUGGACAUGACGGACGAAUUCUCGGCUGAAAUCUAUGUGCCUACUAUUACCAGUUUGGAGGGCGUGGAUACCGUUUUGCAGCAGCUGGAAUUAUUCAAUGAUGCAGAGAGAGAAAGAGCUUUAUCCGUUUUGAAACAAGCCAACAUGGAUCAAAAGCUGACAAUAGGCGUUAAAAAGCUGCUGAUGAUCAUUGAGAUGGCCAGACAAGAUGAGGAUAAGGUGGAGAAGUUUGUGAAUACCAUUUUAGCUUUAUAA